AUAUUGUUCCUUCCAACAGGGGUUUAUGCAAUAAUCCAAGACUCUUCUCAGAGAUUUUGGGUUUCUGUUCUUCUCUUCUGGGUUUCUGUUCUUCUGCUCUCACAAUUCACAGCAACAAAUGGGUUGUUUUCCUUUUCAAGUUAAGGAUCUUUUAUGCUGUUGCUUCCUGAAAUAAACAGAUAAAUACCAAUUGAUGUAGAAACUGAGUGGGGGAAUUACAAAAUAUCCGGAGACAUACAACGAUUCUGUAAAGUUUAAUAUAUGAUAAGUAUGGAUGUGAAAGGUAUAACCUGGGUUGGGGGUGUAUACCAGAAAUUUGAGACAAUGUGCUUGGAGGUUGAAGAAGAUAUGUACCAGGACACAGUCAAAUUUGUUGAGAAUCAGGUACAGACUGUUGGUGCAAGUGUUAUGAAGUUCUAUGCAGAUGUAAUGCAAGAUUUGGUUUGUGACUCUGCAGUAGAUCCAGAGGCUAUGCCAGCCAAUGGGAACCCUGUAGAAAAUAACUUUCAUGUUGGUAGUUCUAAAAAAUCAAAGGUUAGCAAGAAAGGAGAGCCGGUAAAAGUUGAUGUUGAAAUAGUAAAUGGGGAUUCAGAGGUGAUUGCUGCAUUGAAUAUGGGUGUGGACCAUAAAUCAUUGUUCCAUGGACAGCACAUGGAUGAAUAUCGCAUGCUAUCCUCAGAGAAUUGUGCAAGAGGAGCGUGCUCGGAUGUAUACUCAAGACAAGACCAUGAUGGGAGUAAUUUUAAUAAUUCAAACUUGGUUGUCAAAGAAAACCCAAUCAAGGACAGAUUUCCCGGGGCAAUAGCUCCUCUUGAAUCUGAUUUGAGCAGGCACUCAACAUCCUGCCGUGUAAAUUUGGAUGAUACCCAUGAAGUUUUGAGCGACCAUAGAGAUACAGCUAUAACCCCAUCUAUAACCGAAGGUAUGACAUGGAAGUCCACAAGGGAAAGUUGUGUGAUUGCAAAUACAAGCCAAUGUACAGCUGAUGCUUCAGUUGACUGCCGAACAUGUAAUAUGUUUGUUUUGGAUGAAUUGGAAGCAAAAGAAUGGAAGGAAAUAUUAGAUUCAUCCUUUGGUUGCUCAUCAGUAGAAAGAAACGGAUCCUCUCCAAGUGGACAAGCACACUCUGAAAAAAAUGCUGACAAGGAAAUCUCUUCGUCUCAUCCUGGGGGUUUGCAUGAAUCCAACUUUCAUGCAACUGAGAGUAAUGCUGUUGUACAUGGAACGGAAACCAUUCAACAAUCUGAAAAGGCAAUGCUCGAGGAGACUUGUGUAAUGGUGACUGGUAAGGACGUUCGUUUUGUUCCUCACAUGGAAGGCAAGCGUAGGCCUUACAAGAAAAAAAUUCAGAAUGCUUUGAGAAUGAGAUCAGCAAGGAAGCAAGAGUAUGAGCAGCUUGCAUUAUGGUAUGGGGAUGAUGCAAAAUCAAAUUUAAAAGCUGGAGAACGUCUCAGGCAUUCUCUGACUGUGGAGGAGACACAGAAAUCAUUAGCUCAUGAAAUUUGUGAAUCUGAAUGGGAGAUUCUCUAGGUACCCUUGUAAAAGCUUGUGUAAAUAAACCGCCUCACUGCAGCCUCUCCUUCCUGGUCAUGGUGCCAUUCAAAAUUCCUAGCUUAGGAUAAAAUUUGUACCUAAGUGGGUAAAACGCCAAUUGUCUGAUGCUCUAGUCUUCAGUAUAUUAACAAUUAUGUAAUGGCCAUAAGAUUAAGUACUUGAGGUUUAUAUUACAAAUGGGUCCGACCCAAUAGAGUCCUCCCUUUAUGGUCACCAUUGUUAAUAAGUUGGUUACUAUUAUUGUCUAUGGUUAGCUAUUGUUUGUUCUGCUAUGCUGUAUUUUUUGCUUCUCGUGUUCUUUUCUAUUAAAUUUUUUGUUACUGGUUCAAAUAAGUGCCUAGAGGGGAAUAACGGAUCGUAGUUUCAUGCUUUUGCUACUGAUUGGAAAACGUAUUAACAACUGUGGAUGCACAAGUACUCGCACAUCUUGUUCGUAUGCUUGUACAUUAAUUUCUUCAGCAUAUUUGUUUAUUUGUCUAUUGUCUUUGCUAAAGAAAGCUAUAUUAGAUAAAGCACAUGCAGGCAUUUUACAUCCAUAUUCCAUACAGAAGGUAAAUUUUCAUGAUUUAGAAUACUCGAUUUUGGUUUGUCUGCUCGUUUAGACAGGGUACCCCGACAUGUAUUGGCAGCUGUUCAGGUUAAUAGUUAACGGCAGGUACUGUUUUUGUACAUUUCAUCUUUUCUUGUAAUUCCUGUCUUCUCUUUGACAUUUCAUUCAACCUUAUGAAGAACGAAGUAUACCAAGUUUACUAACACUCAUGACAGAUCAAACAAGAGGUUAAAAACUAAGAAUGACUUUGGAGGUGUCCAAGGCCAGCCUUUUCUAGGUAUCUGGCAGGCCAGGCAAACACCAGUGGCUGCAAUUAGCAUAAGUCUCCGGUUUUCUAUUUUGCAAAGCUAACAACUGCUUCCACUCCUUCGUUCCUUAAACUGCUGGAUGCGCAUCUCUUCCGUGCUGAGAUAGCUUUGUAAUGUUCAGGUACGUCACUGGGCGCUGCAUUGUUCUCUCAACAACUUUUAUAAUUUUCCCGGGAAAUAUUGUCUCGUUGGAAUCGUCUAAGAUGGGUUGGGUUUUGUUGCAACACCAAUGCUUUCCCCUGUGCUCUGGUGAAAUGCUCCGGAAGAGCACUCUGGUUUUAGUCACAUCCACAUUUUGAUCAACCCAACGUGCCCAGGUAUUCAUCGCCAUAUCAAAUGCUAAUUCAAUCUCCAUAUUCUCCACUGUUUUGCCAUCGUAUUGAAACAAGUCCCACCUGAAUGUCCGACUUCUAUUAGACAGACGCCUUGAAAAAUAUUCAUUCAUUUUCUUUAGUAGAUCACAGGUGACUUGCGUCUUGAUUUUCCUGUGCGCCCACCAGUGACCGGUGUUGAAUACCAUAAUGUCUGCCCCUUACUACUUCAUGGCUGAGGUUGUGACUCUUUCAAGCCUAAGAAUUCUAGCCCCGUUAUCUUGGUUCACUUUCUGCUGCAUUAGAAAUGGACUCCAGUAGAACUUCGACAGAAAAGUUGUACGCCUGCGGUUAUAGAAACAAGCAACACCUUCACAGUUAAGAAGUCAAGGUCCUGUUUUUUAUUUUCUUCUCCCGAGUAUGUCGCUUAUAUAUAAAGAAAAUAGUUCAGUGACAGAAGAUUAAUCGUAUAAAUGAAAACUAAACCUUCCUUAGCUGUGAAGACCUUGUAGAUGCCGCUUUUCACAUCGUCUAGGGUUUGAGAGGGAGGUAGAGCUGAGUAAAGAAGACAAGGUAGGGAUUCCCACUGGUCUCUGUUAAGCUGGGGAAAUCCGUUCUUCCAUUCCUUUGGCAGCUGACUUGAUCACUAAGAAACGUACACUGUGCCCCUUCGUGCAUAGGACUUCCCUUUGGAUCGUAAACCCAUUUUCCAUUAAGUAUGUUGCACUUGUCUUCUUCAUUCAAUUGUGUCACAUGUUCCUCGAAGUUUGCUUGUUGUAAGAACUGCAUGUUUGCAUCCGAUUCAUUGGCCGAUAUUGUUGAUGUUA